AUUAUACUCUCUUUUGAUAACCGUACACCUGUAGCACAAAUGCUAGCGUUGCAAAUGGUUUAUGAAUUGGGUUAGACAUCUCUGGUGACAGUCAAACACCUGCUAAGCUAACGGGAGCGUUGCAGUUUUGUUUCUUUUACACGUCAUCUUCCGAGCAUCUGGCAAUGGGAUGCAUUUAUAGUCGGAGAUCGGAGAUAUCAAGUAGGAAUAUCCCACAUCUGAAUGGACAGCAGCAUAGGCUACUGAGUGACAAAGGAGAAAGAUGAGUACAAUAACCGGAAACACUUUUGUUGUGUGACGCGCACGCGCGAGCUGUGUGAGGCGCAGGUGGUUAUCAUAUUGGCUAUGGCAGCUCCAGUUGCAUAUAUAGUGAAUUAUACUAGAAUGCAACCAUUAACCUCAUAUUUUCAUCAUUGCCAACGAUCAAAACGAUGGAUUUACAUGAAAACAGUCAACCGGCGAAGCAUAUGUCACUCACUUAUAAGACAUGUUGCCACUGUGGUCUCGGGGACAGAACUCGCUCGUCAGAUACAUAAAGAAGUCCAGAGUGAUAUUGCAAAGCUAUUGGCCCAAGGCAACAGGAGGCCUCAUCUUAGUGUUAUCCUAGUGGGAGAUGAUCACGCCAGCCACACUUACGUGAGAAACAAGACCAGAACAGCUUCAUUACUUGGCAUGUCAAGCAGCACAAUUUUCAGGCCAUCAUCAAUAUCUCAGGAAGAGCUGCUGGAACUGAUAGACAAAUGUAACAGAAACAGGGGCGUCAGUGGGUUAUUGGUCCAGCUCCCUCUUCCAGAGCACAUCAGUGAGAGAGCCGUAUGCAAUGCUGUCGCCCCAGAAAAAGAUGUUGAUGGAUUUCACAUAGUUAACAUUGGGAAACUCUGCUUGGAUCAGAGAUGCAUGGUGCCGGCCACAGCAGCGGCAGUGUGGGAAAUCAUCAGAAGAACGGGCAUUGAUACCGUUGGAAAAAAUGUGCUUGUUGUUGGACGUUCCAAGAAUGUAGGAAUGCCUAUUGCAAUGCUGCUACAUUCAGAUAGAAAUCAUGAACGGCCAGGAGGUGAUGCCACAGUUAUCAUCGCUCAUAGGUGCACUCCUCUACUACGACUGAAGGAGCUCGCCAGUCUGGCUGACGUAGUGAUCGCAGCUGCAGGUGUACCUCACUUAAUAACAGCAGAUAUGGUAAAAGAGGGAGCUGCAGUUAUUGAUGUUGGCAUCAAUCGUAUCCAGGACUCCGACACUGGUAAAAUUCGUCUUGUCGGAGAUGUGGAUUUUGAAGCAGUGAAGGAGAAGGCUGGAUUUAUCACUCCUGUACCUGGUGGAGUCGGCCCAAUGACCAUCGCCAUGGUGAUGAAAAACACAGUCACUGCUGCCAAAAAUGCCCCAACAUACUGACUGAACAAAAACCAGAACCAACUAUUAUACAGUAUGUGGACAAGAUCCACAUUGUUUUAAAGUCAUUUCAUGCACUCUGGAUAACUUUAAUUGGCACUAUUUGUCCAUAUCUUGAUUAUAAACACAAGCCCCUGCAAGCUUCCCUUAUGACAUCCUUCCCUGCCCAUUGGCAAGCUGGAACAUGUCCCUUUUUAACUGGCAUGGCAGCCAUGCAUGUCUCUGACUGUAACUACACCCUAAUGCUUUUCUUACCUCUGUAAUAAAGAUUAGGUUGAUAAGUCCUCACAUGGAAGCUGUUGCCUUUGCUACAGUGUUAUUAUAUGUCAGAGCCAAGAAAAUAAGGAGGGUUUGCCGUAAAAGUGUCAUACCACGUGCCUUCCUGCCAAUGCGUCAGUGAAAACGGAAGUCUUUUGCUUGCGUAUGCUCAGUUUCGGUAGGACUCAAAGGCUGCAGGUAGCCUAAUGGCAGGAUAAUAUAUGGUUGUCAGAGAUCUGACAAAUGAAGCUGUUAAACACUGAUAAGAGGGGUAUUACAGGAUAUUGACAAGGUUAAUACGAUUGCUUAGGAAAAUUAUUUUAAAAGUGUUUAAAACACAUGUAUUUAUUCAUCUACCUAUGUAUUCAGAUUAUUGUUCUUAUUUAUUUAGAAAUGUGUGUUUUUCUUAGGAAUUUUGUGUAUAUAUAGCAUAUAUUUAGGAUUUUCAUUACCAUACACCAUUUGAUACAAUUUCUCUAGUUUAGUCAGCACUGUAAUUUAAGGCACAUUGUUGUCAUGAAACACUAACAUUUAAUUUUCAUUCAUUUGGGAUCCUUUACAUCCAAGACUUUGAAUUAAGGAUAUGUUAAUGUGAUGCUUCCCUAUGACAUUUCAUAAAGUGGACAAUAUUAUUUAUCACUGUUCAUUAAAUGUCAAAUGGAAUGUAGGACUCUUUAGACUCGUAUGUUACUAAAGAUAUCACUUAAAUAUUCUAUACCAUUUCCAUAUUGCCUAUUUAACUAUUUAUGACAAUAUGAAUGGAGAUUUGUUGGUCACACUUCACAGUGUUCAUGUUACUGUGUAUUUACAUGGGUAAUUAUUGAGGAAUACAAAUUAACUGUGUUA